GAGGUGGAGGAGGAGGAGGAGGAGGGGGUCUACUAGUAAAGAUAAACAGCCGAGGAGCCUCUGAGCCAGAUGAACAUGGCGGCUCCGGCUCUGGACGCUCCUGCCGCUCCGUCCCGCUGACCCUCACAGCACCGACGAAGUCCCCGCUCAACAGCCGCCCAUGGCACCUCAACUCCCAGAGAGGACAGACUAAUCUUCCAAAGUGGAUGCUUACCAGGAUGCUUUGUGUUAGAGGUGCUGAUAACUGCUGAAGAUGAGUAGUGGUGGGGGGGACACUCCUGAGCCCCCCAAAGGGGAAUCUGUGAAGAGGAAAGACUGUCAGUCAGACCUCCUGGGACCCAGCCCGAAGCGAAGCACCGAGAGGCGCAACAGGGAGCAGGAGAACAAAUACAUCGAGGAGCUGGCAGAGCUGAUCUUUGCCAACAUCAACGACAUCGACGACCUCAACGUCAAGCCCGACAAAUGUGCCAUCCUCAAAGAGACGGUGAAGCAGAUCAGGCAGAUCAAGGAGCAGGAAAAGACUCUGGUGGCUAAUGCAGAGGAGGUGCAGAAGGCAGACGUCUCCUCCACUGGGCAGGCCGUCAUCGAUAAAGACACUCUCGGGCCAAUGAUGCUGGAGGCCCUGGACGGCUUCUUCUUUGUUGUGAACAUGGAGGGAAACAUCGUGUUUGUGUCGGAGAACGUCAGCCAGUAUUUGCGCUACCAGCAGGAGGAGCUGAUGAACACCAGCGUCUACAGUGUGCUGCAUGUUGGAGACCAUGCAGAGUUCAUCAAGAACCUUUUGCCUAAGAGUCUGGGUGAGGAAACUGUCAGUCAUCGCAGCACCGACUCCUCCAACAGGAACAGUCACACCUUUAACUGUCGUAUGCUGGUCAACCCUCACGCCGACGGCGAAGCGCGCCAGGCCGUCGAUCAGCAGGACGCAGCGCAGCAGAAAUACGAGACCAUGCAGUGUUUCGCCGUCUCUGAACCAAAGUCUAUCAAGGAAGAGGGGGAAGAUUUCCAGUCGUGUCUCAUCUGUGUGGCGAGAAGAGUUCCUGUCAAAGAGAGGCCUGUGAUGCCGGCGUACGAGAGCUUCACAACACGACAGGACCUUCAAGGUAAGAUCACCUCUCUGGACACCAGUGUGCUUCGGGCAUCUAUGAAGCCGGGCUGGGAAGACCUGGUCCGGCGCUGCAUCCAGAAGUUCCACCUGCAGAGUGACGGGGAGAUUUCCAUUGCCAAGAAACACCAGCAAGAAGUAUUGAAGAACGGCCAUGCCCUCAGCCCAUUGUACAGAUUCUCCCUGGCAGACGGCACCAUAGUUUCUGCUCACACAAAGAGCAAACUGGUCCGUUCUCCAGGCACCAAUGAACCGCAGCUCUAUAUGUCGCUGCACAUCCUGCAGAGGGAAAACUUGGGGGGCAUGGCUACAGACAUUCCCAGUGGUCAGGACUCGGCCAAGUCAGUGACCCCAACAAGAAUGAGCGGGUCCUUCCCCUCACCUGAUGCCAGCGUUGCCGGCAACAGCCAUCACUCCACCGGAGCCUCCUCCACCCCUGGACGUGGUUUUGGGUCUGUUCCAGGAAGGGCCAUCACACCUCAGGGAAACGGCCACGCUCUGAAGCUGGGCAGCCCUUCUGGCCAAGGAAGUCCAAGCGUCAGCUCAGGGGUCCAGAGUGCCAUGUUGUCUCCUCGUCAUCGCCAGAGUCCCAGCGCUGCCGCAAGUAGCAGCAACUGCAGUAGCCCUCAUCUCCUCCAACAUCUGCCUGGAUCUUUUUCCCCUGCAGCUGGUUUGCAUUCACCUCCAUCCGUGUGCAGCACCACAGGAAACAACCAAAGUUUUAACUCCCUCAGCGCGCUGCAGGCUCUCAGCCAGGGCACCAGGAUUUCCCCAGGGCUCGCUGACGGACAGCAUCCAGAGUCACCUGACAGAAAACCAGCCGCUCUUCAGAGUAAUCUUCACAGCAACAAACCUGGUAGCCAAAUUAGCAAGAGCAGUCUCAGCUUAGAGACUGACUUGUUUGGAACUUUUGAAGAGCAGGAAGAGUUUUUGUCAUCCCAUGACGGUUCACAGGCAGAUGGGAAAGAUGUUGAUCCUGACACUCUGGGCGGUAACGGAAACCUUGGUGAUCUUGCUGAUGCUGCAAACCACCAUCUGACCACCAAAGGCCACACCAAGUUGCUGCAGCUCCUCACCACUAAGUUAGAACCCUCUGAUCCUUCCUCACCACCAGGUCCCAUAGGAGAUGACCAGAGCUGUAAGGACCAGCUGUGUGGAGGCGCCGGACAUAACAACCAAACCACCUCAUUAAAGGAGAAACACAAAAUUCUCCACCGGCUGCUGCAGAACAGCACCUCACCUGUGGAGCUGGCCAAGCUAACGGCGGAGGCUACGGGAAAAGAUCCUAUUGGUCCAGAGUCCGCCUCAGGGGACAGCAUGGCUGCUCUUAGUGAACUCUGCACCAAACAGGAGCCGGGGAGCCAGGGAAAGAAAGACAAUGCAUUGCUGCGCUAUCUUCUGGAUAAGGAUGAUAAUGGCAUCCUCGACAAAGCCAUCAAAAUGGAACCAAACGACGGACUCAAGCUGACCUGCGUUAAGACGGAGAAGCAGGAUGAAGGUUUUAAUUUGGCUGAGCAGGCAUCUGAGCUGGAGGACCUGCUGGAGGACCUGCAAAACAGCAGCCAGCAGCAGCUGUUCCCCAGUCAGCCUCCAUCCUCUUCAUCCUCUUCAUCAGCCGUGCCAGCUGGCUCCUCUGUGGACAAACAGACCAUCAUCACUGACAUCCUGCAGAUGAACGACACCGGCAGCAGCAGCAGCUCCCCCAGCCAGCACAGAGCCUUCCCUCCCAUCGGAGCCGCAGCGAGCUUUAAUGGCGUCAGGCCGGGCCAGGCCGGUCAGGGGGCCCCUCCAGGCCGGAGCAUGUCAAUGGACAGCAGUAUGGGCUCCAGCCCCACCAGGCCUUUCCCUCCUCAGCACAGAAACAUUGGGCCAUAUUCCUUGCAGCAGCAAAGCAUGAUGGGAACCCACACCAGCAUGAACCAGGCAGCAGCAACCAACACAGGCCUUCGAGGCUCCAUGCAGCAGGGCUGGGGCCCCCAUGGUCCAACAGGGGGCAGUGCAGGACCCAUGAUGGCCCAUGGAGUGGGUCGAAUGGUACCCAACAUGAAUUCUGCACUCCCCACAAGAAGCAGUGGUCCAAAUGUCUCCAGAGCUUUGGUCAGCAUGCAGAUGAUAGGCAACGAGUUGGACAUGGCAGCUCCGCCCUACCACCAGCAGCAGGCUCCGCCCAAUCAGACGGCUCCGUGGCCAGACCGAAUGAUGAUGAUGGACCACUACGGAAACCAAAGCAGGCCACCGUACGGCGUCCCUCAGGAGGACGGGAUGGGUUGCUGUGGUUCUGGUUCUGAAGGGCAGACGGAUGAAGGCGCUCUGCUGAACCAGCUGUGUUCGGUGCUGAAGGACUAUGAGGGUCUGGAGGAGAUAGAUAAGAUGCUGGGAAUACCCACUCUGGCUGGACAGGGUCCUCUUUCAGAGCAGGACCAGUACCUGGGUCCGUCGGACUCUCCCUCCGGCCUGAAGCCUCCCCUCUAUGGUCAGCAGUAUGGAGGGCAGCCCGGUUAUGGCGGCAUGCCCCCUGACGGCUUGUACCCUGCCCCAUCCAUGGGGGGCCACAUGGGGCCCCAAAGGAUGGCCCCGACAGGCUACCCGCCCAUGAUGAGAAUGCCGGGCGCCCCAGGGCCCCGGGCCCCUGGCAUGAGACCUGCUGGUCCCAAUCCAAUGGUGCCGCCGCAGCCCAACAACCUGAGGCUCCAGCUGCAGCACAGACUCCAGGCCCAGCUGAACCGUCAGCCAGUGAUGAACCAGAUGGGUGGAGUUGGAAAUAUGAAUCUACCUCUAAGAUCUAAUGUAUCGACCCAGGGACCUGUCAACGCCCACAUGCUGGCGCAGCGUCAGCGCGAGUACCUCAGCAACCACUUGCGUCAGCGGCAGCAGCACCACGCGCAUCAGCAGCGUGCCAUGAUGAUGCGGACUCAGGGCAUCAAUCUGCCGCCCAACAUGCCCAGCGGGGGCGCUGCUCCCUCGCCGAUGCCCAUGGGGGGUGUCAACCCCCGGGUGCCGCAGGGCAGCAUGCAGCGGUUCCCCUACCCGGCCUCUGGUUACGGUACAGGACUGUCAUCUCCUCCUCCUCCUCCUCAUCCCGGCUCCUCCAGCCCCUUCUCCUCCCCUCUCUCCCCGAGUCAUCUCCUGGCAAGCCAGGGCAUGAUGGGAAAUGUAGGCGGGCAAUACAGCGGCGUAAUGAGCCCACCGUCACAGCACAGUGCCUUCCAGUUCAGCAAUUCAGGAAUGAGUCAGCAACAACACCAGGACCCGGCGUCAUGCUUUCCGUGUGGGGCUGGCACGCCACAGAGCCCUCUGCUGUCCCCCAGGAUGGGGCAGGGUCAGAGCCCCAUGCUGCAGCAGAACCAGGGCCAAACGCAAACCCAAGCCCAGGCGCCAAACCAGGGCGGACCGCCAAGCUACCAGACGAGCGCCGACCUAAACGGAUGGUCGCAGCCUGCAAACAUUUCCACCAGCAACAGCGUGUACCCCCAGCAGUCCCAGUCUCAGUACUCGACUCAAUCCAGUGGAAUGUACAGCAGCAGCAACAUGAACCUGGGAGUCACCAUGGCCAGCAGCAGCAACAUGAAUUCAGUGGCGGGACAGAUGGGCUCCAUGAACGAACAGGUGGGCGACAGCAGCCUGAUGCUGGAACAGUUUGGAGGAAUCGAUAUGUUGACCCAAGAGAACAAUGUCAAUUCUAACUUUUGCUGACCACGGCCUCAGUUGGGACACGGUAUGACACACGGACCCCAGCUAAUACAGACACUGAACUCAGAGAAGUGUGAAGGUUUUAGAGGAAAUACUUACAUUCAUUUCAGAGGACCGAGGAUGGAAGAAAAACACAAAAUGUAAAAACUUCUGAACUUCACUCAGACUGGCCUAGUUCCAGUUGUUCAUCAAAUCAAACACAGUUUGAAAUACCAUGAAAACUGUCAUCUGAACCACUCUGGCAGCAAACACACCUGUAGGACAGUCAUUAUAUUUCUGAUUCUGUCUUCAGGAACACAUUUUAGUCAUUAUCUCUGGGUUAAAAUAUUCCAUUUAGCUUCCAUUUUUCCAUUGUAAUUAACUGAACUGAACACACAACUGAACAGAUACCACCCAACUUUAUGAUGAAGAAGGAUUUCACUGGCACUUAUUCAACCAAUAAACAAAAACAUCCAAUGGCCUUUUUGGGCUGAAUCAGCACAAAAAGGAGCUUUUUGUCUCCAGAAUGUGGAUUAUGGCAUCUUUUAAAACGUAUAUGUACAUUUUCUUGCUGAAUAUUUUGGCUCAUGAAUUGCUGCUGUAAAACCAGCACAUAAACUUUACAUACAAAAGCUUUUAGGUAGUCAGUUUAAUGACACACAUGGUGAAAGCCUCUAUAGACGAGCUGCUCACAGUGGCUGUUUGCUGUAAGGAGGUGGUCCAGUUUCCCAGGUUUGAUCCUUUAGUCUGAGGUGAAAUGUUUCUGCUUGACUACUAUGUGUGUGUUAGUGUGUAUGUGUGUGAAACUCAAACUGUCACAAUUUCACACUGUAGAGAUGUAUGACAUGAAUCUUUUGAUUUUUUUUUUUUUUUAACUCCUGGUUCUAUUUUAGAGCCCGACUGAACGUAAAAGGAAAACUAUAUGAAAGAUUUUACAGUUAUUUAUAGUUUUAAAGAUGUUUUAGAUUAUUUGUAUGGAAGAAAAUCAAUUAUAUCUUUAAGAUCUUUUGAAAUGGUACUCAUUGAUGUUAAUUUUAAAAAUAAUAUAUAUUUGAACUGCUGUAGUACAUAGGACAUGUGUCCCCUAUUUAAUGACUUUUCAAAUAAAGGUGAAUGUGUAUAAA